ACAGACCCUGGGCAGAGGGGGCGGGAGGAGGGUUAGCGAGCACACGCCACGUGACUCGGCUGCCAAGUGCGCUCGGGAGUUUGACAGAAGUUUGAACCGGACUCGGGGGCUUUCUGCAGCCGGAGGGGCAGAGCGGCGGUCCCGGCCUCGGCGAGCGCCAGCUGCAGCGCCCCCGCCAUCCGCCCCUUCAGUCUGGAGCCCCGGCCGUCGACCGCGGCCCGCGCUCCCGCACAGCUCGCUGCCCCCGCGGCGGAUCAGCAGCCCCUUGUCCCACCGCGGUACCCGCAGCCUCCCGGCCAGGGAACCGAGCCCCGGCGCUGCGCCCCGGCCCCGCUCUGCCAGCAUGUCUUCGACGGAGGGCUCGAGUCGCGCGGCGGACAAGUCGCCGCGCCAGCAGGUGGACCGCCUGCUGGUGGGGUUGCGCUGGCGGCGGCUGGAGGAGCCGCUAGGCUUCAUCAAAGUUCUCCAGUGGCUCUUUGCUAUUUUCGCCUUCGGGUCCUGCGGCUCCUACAGUGGGGAGACAGGAGCAACAGUUCGCUGCAACAAUGAAGCCAAGGAUGUGAGCUCCAUCAUUGUUUUGUUCGGCUACCCCUUCAGGUUGAACCGGGUCCAGUAUGAGAUGCCCCUCUGUGAUGAUGACUCCACCUCCAAGACCAUGCACCUGAUGGGGGAUUUCUCUGCUCCUGCCGAGUUCUUUGUGACCCUGGGCAUCUUCUCCUUCUUCUACACCAUGGCUGCGCUAGUCCUCUACCUGCGCUUCCACAACCUCUACACAGAGAACAAGCGCUUCCCACUGGUGGACUUCUGUGUGACUGUCUCCUUCACCUUCUUCUGGCUGGUAGCUGCGGCCGCCUGGGGCAAGGGCUUGACGGACAUCAAGGGGGCCACGCGGCCAUCCAGCCUGACCGCAGCCAUGUCUGUGUGCCACGGAGAGGAAGCAGUGUGCAGUGCUGGGGCCACGCCCUCGAUGGGACUGGCCAACAUCUCUGUGCCGUGGCUGGGUCCCUGGCCCCAGGAAAGGAGCACCUUGGACAGCUCUGGGCACACCCACCCUCGGAAAAGCUCUUCGGCUUCAUCAACUUUUUCCUGUGGGCUGGGAACUGUUGGUUCGUGUUCAAGGAGACCCCAUGGCACGGGCAGGGCCAGGACCAGGGCCAGGGCCCUAGCCAGGAGAGCGCAGCAGAGCAGGGAGCAGUGGAGAAGCAGUAAAAGCAGCCCCUACCUGGCUACUCCCGAACAGGACAGCACCUCUUCAACCACCUCUGGCUUCCAGGACCUCCCUCUUCUUCCUUCUCCAACUCCCCUCCCCGAUCAUUCUGGGCUCUGAGCUUUGAGACGAUGCUAAUGGAUGGGCAGGCAUCAGCUGUCAGAAACCCAGGCAGCCCUCCCAGGGGCUUCCUAUCCAGCCUCUGGCUGGAGCCUCGGAUAGCAGGAGCUCAGUGCUUCUUGUCUAUUGCCUGAAACCCAGCAUCUUACUUGGGGUCUUACUCGUACCCUUGCAGCCUCUGAGAAUGAGCAUCUACUGCAAGGGGCUGGAGAGAGAGUCCUGAGACUGGUUCCUAGCAGCCACUUCUAUCAACCUGUUGGCUUCAAUAAAAGUGGGGGGAGGGGAAAUUGGCUGGCAA